AUGUCCAAAACUCUUUCUUGCACAACCCAGAGCUCUCCCAACCCACCGGUCGAGCUGUUUAUGUUGGCCGACUUCCUGCCAACAUCAGAGAGCAAGACAUUGUCAACAUACUGUUCCGGGGCUUUAUUGUUGNAAACUAUAUCUAUGCGCACCCAUUGUCCGCACUCGUACAACUUCACUUUCAUCACUUUGACUACGGCCGCGGAAGCCAAUCGUGCUGUCAAAGAACUUCACAACAAGCGCUUGUUCAAUCAGAAAGUCGUCGUUUCACUGCAGCGCUCUAACGAAGGUUCUGCGACUCAACUCACUGGUCGCAAAGCCCGCUCGCGUAUCAUCAGCAUGGCUCCCAGCAGUUCAUCUUUUACCAAGUCUUCUGCCAUGAAUUUUGGUACAGAGAAUGCCGGAGCGCAGGUCACACAAGGUAGGCCUGUCUAUGUACAGCCUACUCCUCCACCUUUCGAUUCACAAUAUUCGGCUCUGCCUUUUGUUUCAUCACCUCCUAUCAACCAUGGAUGCUAUGGUCCACCCGCUCCGGUCUAUCCUGCUCCAAUCAGCCGCAAUCUCGCCUAUCAAUUCCCACCUGCCUUCGUUGCUGGUGGCACGCUUCAAGCAAUACAGCAUCUGCCACCGACUACCUUAGAACAACGUCCACAUCGCGACCGUGCCCGACGUAAGCAGUUUCCACCUCAGCACGACGGACCAUCUGAUUCUCCAGCUGUUGCGCCGCUUCCUACAAGCACCAAGUCUGAUGUGUCAAAGCUCUCUGUCGAUGCCGAUAUCACUGACGACUCUGCCAUCCACAUGUCUACGUCUUCCUCCGCUUCCGCGCCUUCGACGACUUCGAGCUCUAACCCUCAGUAUUCAGUCAAUAAGACUUGGCCUCUACUCGUCUCUUCUGAUCCUGUCCCAGAGGCCAGAGCUUGGACAUCGUUCUGUGACGACCAGAUUGAUGCCGCUUAUCACACUCUGGAGAGACACUGCCACGAUGCCGAAUCUUUGGUCCUGACUGGCUUCAACAUCAAGAAACCUAUCAUGCCGCCGCUCGCGGAUCUCAGAGCUAAGGUUAAAUGCAGGUCUUGUCGCACUUCUCGUCAACGUCUCGAUCGUUUGAUCGCAGAAGAGGGUGUGAAGGGUUGUUCAGUCGUUAGAGACAGCAUGCACAGUUUCGGUGGCAUCUCUCAUCUGGUGUCACGCUACGAAGACUUCGAGCACCCACCUGCAGUCUCUCAGCCCUCACUCACCAGCAAACGUCGCGCCAUUGCUCUUGACUGUGAGAUGGCUGGAGGUAAGAGCGGUGAUGGUCUAGUUGAUCAAUUAAUUCAACUAACUGCUGUUGAUUACCUCAGCGGUGAGGUACUGAUCUCGACUCUGGUUAAGCCUACUCUGAACAUCCGCCAGUGGCGUACUGACAUCCAUGGCGUGAGUCACAACAUGAUCGUGCAGGCUGAUCGUGAAGGCACUGCUUCGAGAAAUGCGUUUCACGCUCGCAAAGUCUUGUUUUCCCACAUGGACAGAAAUACCAUUCUCGUUGGCCAUGCCCUGCACCACGACCUAAAUGUCCUCAAGAUUGCUCACAACCGCUGUGUGGACUCGGAAGUAUUGGCCAAGGCUGCUAUCGACAGAUGUGGUCGCAGCAGUGGUACGAGUUUGAAGAAGUUGUGCGACAGUCUGAUGGGCUUGAGUGUGCAAGGAAUGGCGAACCACUCCUGUCUCGAAGACUCAUUUGCGGCUAGAGAAGCCGUCAUCUACAUGACCUCGCAUCCUGAGAAGCUGGCUGUAUGGGCGAAAGCUAAGCAGCAAGUAAUUGAUGAAGAAAUGGUCAUGAGAGUGGCUGCUAAACAGGCAAAAGAGGAAGCCAGAGAACAAGCUGCUGCCGACGAAGCUAAAGAGAAGGCCGCUGCGGCUGACGAUCAGCGAAUUCAAAAUGUCCUCGCCACGGCUAUGCCCAAGAGAGUGUCUGCAAGACAAGCAAGAAAACAGGCGGCUGUCGUUGAAGCUAGAAAGAGGACUGCUACCACUGAUGAUGAGCGGGCACAACCUGUACUCACCAUAGCCAUGCCGGCACUGAUCCCUACUCCCGCCAACGAGAUAUCAGAUGAGCUGCAAACGAACAGAGGUCCUUCUGCUGGCAAGAAGCGUAGGGGAGGCGCAUGGAAGGUGCUCAACUCUGAAGACGACUGA